AUGGCGUCGCUUCCGACGGAUUUGAACAUCAACAGCACGUUAGGCGCAGUACUCAUAGGCUUCGCGGUAGCUUGCUGUGUCUACGGAAUCCUUGUCACACAAGUUUUCAGAUAUUUCUCGAGAUAUCCCUUUGAUAGACCUGUCUACAAAGGGCUGGUUUUGCUCAUUUUACUCCUUGAAACUAUCGAUCAGACUUUUAUCGGGCACGUGGUGUAUUACUACACUAUCUCGAAUUUUGCGAAUGUGUUGGCCUUGGUUCGGGGAACUGUGACUUGGUCAUUCAUUCUGCAGCAGACUAUUGGGGCCAUCGUUGGAUGCAUAGUAAAAACAUCCUUCGCGUUGCGAGUGUGGAGAUUCAGUGAACGCAAUAAGUUUAUCACCGGCAUCAUCUUAUUAUUAACAUAUGGCCAGCUGGGCUUGGCCAUAACUUUCACCGUAAAAGCAUUUGAAUUGAGUGGAGUCUUCGAGGUUGUCCAUCUUCGUGCUCUGGGAUCUACCUCUCUGGGCGUUGGGGUUCUAACUGAUCUGGCCACUGCCAUGUCGCUAUGUUAUUUCCUGAACAAGCUGAGGACAGGAUAUCAUAAAUCGGAUUCAUUGGUCAAUAGUCUUGUCCUAUAUGCAAUCAAUACCGGCGCUUUGACUAGCGCCGUCAGCCUAUCGACGUUGAUUCUUUAUAACAUCAUGCCCACCAAUUUAGUUUUCGUCGCAUGUUUCUUCAUCCUGAGCAAACUUUACGCCAUAUCCUUCAUGGCAACGUUGAACACUCGACGUAUCGUGAGAGGGAAAGGGACUGAUAAGCAGGGAACAACCAGCAACAACACCAAUAUGUUCCAUCUUGGUACACGGAUGCCAAGUAUGGCCCCCAUAGACGCGGGUCAAUGGGACAAUAGUCCUGUCAGUCCGAAUUCAAAGGAUCUGGACAACGAAUUCCCAUUCAACUCUUAUCACUAUCCUCCAAAAGUUUCCUAUAAUGGUGUAGCUGUGUAA